UACCCCACCCACCUGCCUUUCCUCCCCGCACUCCAGCGCCUCCGCCCAGCGCACCAACACAACAACCUCCACCGCCACCGCCCGAACACUUGGCGCCCACUCGCCCGCCGUCGCCGCUCGCUCUCUCGCUCCUCCGGCCGGUUCCACCAUGGCGCCCAAGAACAGCGCUCUCCCGCCCGCCAGCGCGGCCACCGACGGCAUGAUGGAGCCGAGGUUCCGCGGCGUCCGGAAGCGCCCCUGGGGCCGGUACGCGGCGGAGAUCCGGGACCCCGCCAGGAAGGCCCGCGUGUGGCUCGGCACCUUCGACACCGCCGAGGCCGCGGCGCGCGCCUACGACGCCGCCGCGCUCCACUUCCGCGGGCCCAAGGCCAAGACCAACUUCCCCGUCUCGUUCGCCGCGGGCGCGCACCCGCUCCCGCCGCCGCCCAAGAUGCUGGCCGUGAGCCCCAGCAGCAGCACCGUGGAGUCCUCCUCCCGGGACUCGCCGGCCGCGUCCCCUGCGCUGCCCGCGCCGUCGCUGGACCUGAGCCUUGGCAUGCCGCCCAUGGUGGCCGCCCAGCCGUUCCUCUUCCUGGACCCGAGGCUCGCGGUGACCGUGGCCGUGCCGGCGCCCGUGCCCUGCCGGCCCGCCGUGGUCGCCGGCGCCAGCAAGGCGACCUGCCGUGAAGACGAGCAGAGCGACACCGGGUCGUCGUCAUCCGUGGUGGACGCCUCCCCGGCGGUCGACGUGGGGUUCGACCUCAACAUGCCGCCGCCGGCCGAGGUGGCGUAGGCGUGGACCCGCGCAGCGCCCGAUGACGCGACGACUCCUUCCCAGAGCUCGCAUAGAAGAUUAGAACUUGUACUAGUACGUAAGAGGUUGGUUAAUCGAUCGUUUAAUUGCCGCGAUGGGUUACUAGGUGUACAUAGAAUGUUCUUUUUGCACCGGCAGAUAGGUAUGACAAGAACUGCUGCCGGUGUUGCGAAAAUACAAAAUACCAACACAAAGCGUUUUCUCCUUCGUUGUAACAUAUUAAUCGCUGAUUAAUGAGAAAUCUACCGUCUUUUGCUCGCAAA